UUUUUUUUAUUUUUAAAGUCGCCCUCUGGAACAUUCUGUGAGGUUUUUUUUUUACUCCUCUGAUUCUUCCUCUGCUUUGGUGUCAAGGAAAUUGAGUUUAUUUUAAUAUUUUUGUUAUCUUUUUUCUCAUUUUUUUUAUUUAAAUUUUAUUUCGCAACUUCUUCCGCCGGUGGUCGCCGCCGCCGCCGUCAUAUCAUUUUUUUUAAUCUUCUUUCACCUUGCUGUUCGGCGCUGUGAAUGUCUGAAAGAUCAAAAUUGUUGGGGCACAAAGAGAUUCUGAUAAGUGACUGCCAAUUAGAGGGACAAAAGAGGGAAAUAAGUAGUGGCUUAUCCAUGGACGGAGCAGAAUUGCUGGAGUUGGUAAGAAAGUAAGAAGUGAUGACAGUAGUUCAACAAUGGGCGGAAUAGAUACCAAUGGGCACAAUGAAGAUUUGCUUAAGAAGGCCGAGAACAAAAAGAAAGAAAGAGGAAAGAAAGAAAAGUUGCAGAUCUUGUCAGCACAGCAUGGUGGGGAGGAAUGUGAGGAAAAAAAGAUGACGUUGAAAAAGAAAACAAGAGGAAAAUGAAGCAGUCAAAAUCAGUGAAAAAUGGAUUUGAUGAAAUAAGGGAUGACAGAUUGUCUACUAACAAAGAAAAUAAUCAAAUUGGCAAACUAGAGAAAAAUGAUUCUCAUGACAUGCAAGAUGAUUGUAUAAAAUCAGCUAUGAAAGGAUUGAAGAAACGAAACAAAUUUGUGGAGAAUGGUCCAAGUGACCGACUAUCUCAUCAUAGUAAUAAGAAGGUGAGGUUUAUGGCCCAGGAUGAGGUUUUUCUUGUACCAAGUGAUUUGAAUACUGAAAAAGAAAAUGGUGAUAAAGAUAAAGUGGUGUUGGGGAAGCGGUUCACACGUGAAGAAGAUGAGAUUGUCAAAGAGGCUGUUCAAAAGUGCAUAGAGGAACAUGACUUGGGUGAGGAAGGUUUGGACAUGGUCUUGAACUGUAAAAAGCAGCGUCAAGUGAAAGGUUGUUGGAAAGAAAUAGGGUCUGCCAUACCAUACCGACCAUAUGUAGCUGUCUACUACCGUGCUCAAAUUUUGUUUCGAAGGUCUGAGAAUCGGAAGUGGACUCAAGAAGAGUAUGAUGCAGUUUUGAAAUAUAAAAAAAAGCAUGGCAACUGUUCUAAAAAAAUAGCGGAAGAACUUGGAAAGCAUAGAUUUCAUGUAAAGGAUACUUGGCGGAACCACCAGAAUAUAAAGGGCAUGUAAUAUCAAAAAUUGUUCAAUCUAGUAAACCUUGACCUACAGUUGAAAGUAUUUGGUGAGAAAAAGUCCAAGUAUGGAAUGCUGCGGGACAAUAUUCCUUGGACAGCUAUAAGUGAUUAGUUAUCCACUCGGUCUCAAGCAAAUUGCUGUCUUAAAUGGUACAACCAGUUAAGCUCACCUAUGGUACUACUGGAAGGCUUGUGGGCUGAUCUAGAUGACUAUCGCUUGCUAGAUGCCCUUUAUAGCUUCGAUGCCACUUGAAUGGAAGAUGUUGACUGGGAUAAUCUUCUUGAUAACAGAUCUGGAGAUGUGUGUCGGAAGCGUUAGAAUCAAAUGGUUCUGCACAUUGGUCCGUAUGGUAAAAAGUUAUUUGCCGAACAAUUUGAAGUAUUGGCCCAGCGGUAUUGCCCCCAUCUUAUUGAGGCAAGAGAGACAUGGGAUAGCAAACCAAGGGUUCCAUAAUACUGCUGAUCAUAGGGGCAUGGGAUCCUGGCUCCCAACCCCUCCAAGCCCCUAGCCCCAUCUAUAGGAGGGCGACUUGUGGAAUCUAUGUUUUAGUCCUUCCCACCUCUUCUAUCUUCAUACUGCGGGUUGUUUUUUCCUUUGUGCGAUUCGGCUUCCAACUCUAUGUUCCAACCCACCAUCCAUCAUCAAGGAUGUUGAGUCUUGCUCUCUCUGAAAUUCAGGCUGUCUGCGGUUUUGUGAGUUGUGUUUGGAGAGGUUUGAUUUUGAGUACUUCAUUUCGGCGUUUCCCAGCUCCCCGCGGUGUAUGAAGUAGCAUCUCAUUAUGUCAAUGUUCUGGAUCUUCAUUACUUUCAGCUAUACCACUGGGAAGAAGUAAAAUGAUCUGAGAUUUAUUUAAUUUUGUUCUACUUGUCGACUUGGCUUGCAUUGCGUACGAUGACAAAAAUAUGUACAUGGCAGCUUAUGAUUGGAGGCUCCUCAUUCCAAGUUACAGAGGUAUGCUACUUUCAUUGUACUCUUUGUUGAAAAGCUACUAUUAUGGCAAGCAGUUUAACUGAAUAAAAACAGUAUGCUUAUUAUCUGCUGAAGCAACGGAUAUAGCCAUUGCAAGGUUUUGGUUUUGAUUUUGUUUCUGUUUCUUGAUCCGACAUUGAAUAUUUUUGUAUCAAUGUGCUUGUCCUUCAAUUUAUUUUAUUUUUUCCAUGAUUAUAAAGUGGCUGAACUAGGUCCUAGGUGCACUGUAAAUAAGUUUAUAUACUGCAUUAUACUCGAGCACUGUUUCCUGUGAAGCUUAGGAUUUUAUUGCAACCACAAUGAUAGCUGGGUUGUUUGCUGUAUAUCUUUUGAUAAUUUAAACUGGAUGGCAUUCUUUCAUCUCUGUAUAAACCCAUUGAUCCCAUCUUCUACGUACAGAAGCUCCACUGUUGAUUGCAAAAUUGAAACUUUCAGAAGGCCGAUUAAUUAUAACUGUUGAUGUAUUUUUUCAAUAAACAGAAAGUAAAAUUCAAAGAUAUGGAAAAUAUCUUUAAACUUGAUUAAGUUUAAUCAGCGCCUGAGAUUAGGAAUCUCUAAACACUGUACGGUACAUAAAAGAAAUUAAUUGGAAAUUAAAUGCUGAAAAUUUAAAGUGGUGAUCCCCGAAUUUGACUUUGGUUUGUUGAAGUUGAUUGAAGAUUCUUUUUCCAGAAAAAUCCAAAUCUUUAAAUACUCUCUGAGAAAUUGUACUGGAAACCGUCGCCCGAACGGUUACAACGUCUCAUUUUCAACCGUCUGCCAACCCUUCUCCUGCUGACACGUGUCCUCAGCAAUCCAAAUUAUCACUCUAUUUCACUCUUUGAGCCGACCACAGACCUUCCGCCCUUUUGGCCCGACUGCCAAUCCUCCCGACUUGCAAACCAUCCGACUUAUUUGGUCCAGCCGCAAACCUCUCGAUUAAUAGACCAUCCGACUUAUUGGUCCAGCCGCAAACCUCCCGACUAACAAACCAUCCGACUUAUUGGUCCAGCCGCAAACCUCCUGACUAACAGACCAUCCGACUUACUGGUCCAGCCGCAAACCUCCCGACUAACAGACCAUCCGACUUAUUGGUCCAGCCGCAAACCUCCCGACUAACAGACCAUCUGACUUACUGGUCCAGCCGCAAACCUCCCGACUAACAGACCAUCUGACUUAUUGGUCCAGCCGCAAACCUCCCAACUAACAGACCAUCCGUCCUGAUGACUUCCCGACCUAAGGACUUCCCGACCUAAGGACUUCCGACCUGAGGACUUUCCGACCUGAGGACCUCCCGACUUGAGGACCUUCCGUCCUGAUGAUUUUCCGUCUUGAGGACUUUCCGUCUUGAGGACUUCCCGACCUAAGGACUUUCCGUCCUGAUGACUUUCCGUCUUGAGGACUUUCCGUCUUGAGGACUUCCGUCUUGAGGACUUCCCGACCUGCAUUUUCCUUAGAAAUAAACCAAUUUUCCUUGAGUUCCCCGCCGUACCCUUCAACCAGUUCGAUCAACUCUAUUGCCAGGCCCAUUUUUCUUGUAUCUUGGGCUUUUUAAUCUAAUUCUAAAUUUCAUACGUAACAACUUGCCCACCGCCAAGGGACUUUCAAACGCCAUUUAUCAAUCGUCGUUUGGAAGUUCAUAAAUCACAACCCUCCUGAAAAAUCCCUUAGCAACUGCACCAGUUACUGCAACACUCUUGAUUAACUUCCCUUUCUUCAAUACGAGCCUUUGUGAAUCAUAAUAUCUACAACCUUAAACAUGGCGAAUCGAUACAUCCCUGCACUCCCUGUCGAUGGAUCAAUCCCUGAAACCACUCUUGUGGCGACGAAAAUGCGCACCCAACUGUUCGUCCAUACUGCACAACUGCUGAAGACUCCAAUCGUAUGAGAGAAGUCUUGGAGGCAAGGAAUCUGCUGGCGAUCAACAACCCCAACUACAAUGCAACCCGUCUUCAUGACAGCAUUAAAACACACUUGACAGACCUCAAGGAUCCCUACCGCACCUGGUACCAGAGAGUAGCAGAACAUUACCAGGAGCAAUGGAAAACUCAACAAAUCGAUCAGGCCAUAUUUCUGUCAACUCUCCCAUGUCAUUUACAUGAAAAAGUCCUCUUGGCUAUGGCGGCGUUCUGGCACCCUGAGAUUUGUUCCUUUCUUCUUCCAACAGCCCCUAUCGGCCCCACCCUUAUGGAUGUGGCCAUGAUCGCGCACUUGCCAAUUGUUGGGGAAGACCCUGUAAUGGGUGCCCGAGAUGGGCAAGAAUCCAACUCAGACUACUUGGGUUGGUCUUUGACAGAUGUGAAAGAAUGGGGCUGGACUAAAUUUCUAAUCAAUCAACAAGGAACAGACGGGACCCCUGUAACCGAUCGAGAACACAUAGCCUUUCUGCUCUUUUGGCUCUGUAAGUAUGUAGUUGUUUCUCCUUCGAAAUGUGUCCUCCCUUCUCAUCUUGACCUUGCCAUACACAUAGCCUCGGGUCGGUUCUUCUCAUUAGGCACCCUUUUCCUUGCCAAUCUCUUUGAAGGGUUAUCCAGGGUCAGUGUCCGCCUUACUGAUAAAGAUGGUAAGAAGUUAGACAAUGCUGCGUCGGGUCCUUUUUGGUUCCUGGAACUAUGGUUCCGUCUCUAUUUUCCCGACGCCUUCCAACUUGGUCAUCCUCAUGUUGCCCCCACACUUGAGAAUUCUCUAGGAGUAGCCCUUAACCGACUUUGCUUAGGUCGUAAUAACCUCCAAGCGUCUGAUCCAAUCAUAACUGCUAUGCUUACUGAUAAUCGAAAUGAGAACCAUUUUUACCCACACAAAAUGUAUAUCGGUUAUGCAUCCGGCGUGUUUUGGCCAUUCCCUGUUCCAUCACCUUUGUCUCAACCAAAUCCACUUCCACAUCCAACUUACCCUUUUUCCUGGGAUGUUGCCCUUAAACCCAGAUCUUUAUUUACCAGCUUGCCUGGUCCUAUUGCUCAUCCCCAUCUAACAAUUCAAAGUCCGGAUGGGAGAGCUAUUUUUGAUGCAAUUGCCCCAUACAUAUCCCAACUCAUAAAUUACAUCACCUCUAAUUCUUAUAUUCCUUACAAACCUUCUCCAACUUCCGUUGAAUCCUUUCGGGAGUGGUGGUCGGUUACUUGGGCCUUGAUUUCACCUGACAAGGAUCGUUUACUGGGCAUACUUCUUCCCCCACCUGCAAUAACUUUAGGGGCGAAUCCUCUGACUAAUACCCAAAGAAACCUGAUUACUCAAGGCAAUGAGUCGGGUGCUCCACAAAGAAAAAGGAGAGCCUUUCAGACUCAAACUAUUCCGCCCUUUGGGGACAGUCAACCAUCCUCCACAAAACGCCUAUCAGGUCGGCCCCCUAUAAGGUCCCGACCCCGUCCAGGAGUGGCUUCUGCUCGAGCGACCGCCCAACCUACUUCUAGACCAACUAAAACAAUGAAGCCACCGACCGACCCACUACCUGAACCUGAGCCCCCGAUCAAGCGCCGGGCACCGAAUAAAAUGCCUUCAUCCACCGAACAUGCAACAAUAAGAGUUUCAUCUCCUAGUGAGGCGACUGCUUCAGAUAUGAACAGGUUACCUCAUGUUGCUUCUGCUGUCUCUGAUGCAACCGUCCCAGAUACAUCCAACCAAAGAGCAACCGACUUGGAGGUUGCCGACCCAGGGGCAGCCGCCUUGGAGGUUGCCGACCCAGGGGCAGCCGAUCCUCCUCUAGCAGCGGGUAGACAGGAUGAAGAACCUUUGCAUGUUCAACCAAGAGGUCUCUUACCGGAAUUACCAGAAAUCCCCUCAUCUGACUCAGAAACCUCUGUUAACUUGGGACCUAGAUCUAAACCUCAACGCCCAUUGGAAGCAACUGACGAGUCGGCUAUUGGAAUACCAAAUGACCAGCCCUCCAAACUUAUGGCUAUUUUGGCUCCUUCAACAACCAUCAUCCGUCCAGAGGGAUAUUCUGAUCUAGCCCUGUUGUCGGCCGUCCUUAUUCCGACUGACGUCCGAGCUAUAAUUGCACAGGCUGUUGACCAAUCUUUCCCCGACCUGGGGUCAGAUUUGCUGGACAACCUUCUUCAAGGCAUUGGUGGUCUCUUGUUCCAACUGUCUUCAGAGUCGGCUGCUGCCCCUAUUCUUCACUACCUGAUGGAGCGACUAUCCGAACUCAGAAAUGAAGUCCUGUUCGCCCAACUUUUGACAGCUGAGACACCCUUGCCUGAUUUGGAUCGAAUAAGCCUGGAGGCUUCCUUGACCAAAACCAAGGAAUCCAUUCAACAAGCAGUCAGUCGACUGGAAGGCCUGAACAACGCCAAGGCCCAAAUAAAAGGGUCAAUCCAGCAGAAAGAAGCAGAGCUGAAGGCGCUCCAUCAAGAGAGGUCUGUCCUGGAAGGACAUAUCAACGAUGAGCAACGCCUGAUUGAUCGGUACCAAAGCAAUGCAGCGGACCUAGAUCAGGAGUUGAAGAUUCACGCCCGAUCCCAACUCAUAAAGCAGUACCAGUCGGCUGCUAAUAACAGGCGACGCUUCAGAUCCGAAGACAAAUGGUCCCAAAUAAAACUUGCAUUAGGAUCUCUUUUGUAAUUCUUGACUUGGUAAAUAAAAUUUUUCUCCUCUUAUUGAGGAUCGCCUCCUAUAUUCCCCACUCUUCAGGAACAGAACAAAUCAUUUCCUUAUAAAUAUUUGUUGCUCUUGUAAAUCAUCAAAUAAACAUUGACUCAUAAAUCAACCUUGCAUAUGCCUGCCACAUAAUAUUAAAAUGCCUCCCCACCGUCCUUAUGUUCCUGUCAACAAUUGGCAAGGUGUCAUCCAACCCUUUUUCAUGGGUAACCAUCCAGUUGGAGGUCACGCUGAAGACCUGCUAUUCCUCCUCAAACAAUUGGAUUUCAAAUUCAGGUUUUCCCAAUGAGGCAGAAAAACCAUCCAUCGUGUCAUUCGCCUGAUGGAGAACGUGCUAGAAGGGUAUGAGACCCUUCGAGAUAUCCAAAGUCGCCUU